GGAGGCGAAGGAAGUGUUAAUAGAGGCCGACGUGAAAGGAGGACAAUGGGAGAGACAACUGAAGCAGCCGCUUUUGUUCCUUAAGUAUACAAAAUUGGAUUUCCCAAAAUAUAAUGGUUCCAUAGACCCCUUGGGUUGGAUUAAUAGGUAUGUGGUUUUGCAGGAGCUGAGGGAGCGUCUGCUUCAUGCCCAAAAUGUUAUGAAGACUUAUUAUGAUUCUCAACAUAGAGAUGUGUCUUUUGAUGUGGGGGACAUGGUGCUUUUAAAGCUUCAGCCUUAUCGUCAAGUUUCAGUGGGGUUUAAGCGUAAUCAGAAAUUAGCUCCUCGUUUUUAUGGGCCUUUUCCUAUUAUUGAUCGAAUAGGUUUGGUGGAUUACAAAUUGCACCUUCCUGAAGGCUCUAAACUUCAUCCUGUAUUUCAUGUUUCUUGUUUGAAGAAGUUCCAUGGUACUGAAAUUUGUUCUUCUACAUUACCUCUUCUUCAUAAGGGUGUUUCUAUUCCAACUCCUCAAGCUGUGUUGGAUUCGAGAAUUAAAGAUGGCCUAAAGGAGAUUCUCAUUCAUUGGGAAGGACUUUCACCCGCUGAUGCUUCUUGGGAAUCUGCAGAGCAUAUGCAGCUUCGUUAUCCUCAAUUUGCGCUUGAGGACAAGCGCUCUUCAAAGGGAAGAAGUGAU